AUGGAUACUCCCUCCCAUACUAGCUGCAGCGAAAUCCAGAUUCAGCUUUGGGGCUGGAAAUGGAGAUCGUCCUAUUGGUUUAUAACAUUUGUGGUAUGGCUAGGCAUUGUUACAGAUCUACUUGUCUAUUCUAUAGGCAUCCCUGUCGUUCCUUUCCAGCUCAAGGAGCUUGGCUACAAGGACGUCGCCUCCCUGACCGGCUGGCUACUUUUUGCAUUCCUUUCAUCGUUAAUUUUGGUCACAGCUACUAUUCCCGUCGCGAUAUGGUCUGAAAAAUACGACGUUCGAAAGCUUCCUCUUGUCAUAGGAGUAUUCAUACUCAUCGGCUCGCAAAUCAUGUUCAUGGAAGCUCCAACGUAUUGGCUUAUGUGUCUUGCGCGAGUUCUUCAGGGUAUAGGAUCCACAAUGGUGUGGGUUGUCGGGUUGGCUUUACUAUGUGAUAAAACGCCUCCCGAACUUGUUGGAAGACAACUUGGGAUUGCAAUGUCCGGUCUCUCUCUUGGUGCGCUUGUCGGGCCUUCCGUUGGCGGCGCGCUAUACACUCGGUUCGGUUUCCGUGGGCCCUUCAUCUUCGGCGUCAUCGUCGCCGCUUUGGAUCUUGCCUUCCGGUUCCUCAUCAUCGAAGAUGAGAAUGCAAGAAAACUCCGAUCCAGCACUACUGAGAAGCCAGGCAAUGAGAUCGCAAACGAAAACGGUCCGACAAUCAUUGGAGAUGAUGUCAACAUCCAAAGCAGGAAGAUUUUAUUUGUACAGGUCCUCUGUCGGCUGUUCCGGUCACACCGCGCGCUUGCGGCGGCUUUCCUCACAAUGGUGUAUGGUAUCAUCUACAGCAGUCAAGAACCCGUCAUUUCCAAUCAUCUGAAUAGCGUCUGGGGUUUGAACUCCUCAAAAGUCGGUCUCGUUCCUCUUGGCCUCUCGUCACUGCUCUCGGGUUGGUUAGCCGACCAUCAAGGAGCGUCCGUGGUCAUUAUCGUCACUCUGAUCCUUGCUGUACCGUGGUAUGUUGUAAUGAUUAUAGACGGGCACUUGGCGCUGUUUAUUACGGCCUAUGCAUGCGCUUAUUUCUUUGCAUAUGGGGUCUUGUCUCCUUUAGCUGUUGAGCUCGCUUCUGUCGCACGCAGCAUAGAUGACAUUGGAUAUGCCCACGUCUACGGGGCUUUCAAUCUAGCUUACGGGAUUGGCACAACGAUUGGACCCGUUAUCGGUGGCCAGAUGUACGAUCAUAUCACCGAAGGAUGGCUGGCAAUCUGUUUGCUGGCAGUUGGGUUACUUGUGCUUUCCGUAGCCGUAACUUUCUUCUACGUUGGGGACAAGCCUGUCGCUCAAAUUUUUAUCCGGCACAUUAGAUUACUGUAG